CGUCAACGGCAGCUUCAGCACCGGAGGCCCCAGCAGAUCCAUCUACCCCACUACUAGCUGCAUCACCCCCACUACAAGAGGAGGAGGUCUUUCCUGACGGGUAUGAUCCUUAUGAGGGAGCUCCAGCUACUCCUAUCGGUGCAGGUGUUAUCCAUAUACAUGACAGCGAGUCCCAAGGUGAAAUUUUGGCGAUAGAGGCACAACCUGCAGGGGUUAAGAGUGGGAAGAGGAAGAGAAAUCCCCCUGUAUGAUUUCGUGACUACACGGAGAUGAAGAAGAAACAGAAUCCUUCUUCGAUGUUUGAUCCCUUGGCGCCACCGGAUGAGCGAUGGUUGGAUACUUUCCGAAAGUGGUGUUCUGGACUCAUUCCCAACCACCGGCUUCGGGAUUUGAAAAGUGGUGAUUACGGUCCAUCGUUCUUUUGGAAGCUGUUGACACUACAGGAAUGGCUUACAGAUGACCAUAUAGAUGCAGCAGUCCAUAUGCUGAGGAGGCGACGCGCCGACUAUCCACUGAGAUUUUCUCAGAAGGGUAUCAUUCUCUCUACAUUCGUCACCAGCAUGAUCAACAGUGCAUGGACGAAUCACAAGGGUCCGAGGAGAAACUUUGUGUGGGAGGAUUAUAUCCUGGAGUACUGCAGAGGUGUUCAUCAUUUGUUAAUUGUUUAGAUUUUCUCCACAAUUACAGACCCAGUUCUUUCCGAGAUGGAGGGGUAAUGAGUUCAUUUAAUUCAUUUUGCAUCUUCCCGGCCAUAGGCGCUGGGUCACAGUUGAAGUUGACAUAGAGCUGUGGAAAAUUAAUGUGUACGACUGUGAUUCCAGCAUUUUUCAUUGAACCGCCAUGGCACCCAUCUUAAAGACUUGGGAAGAACUGUUGCCCUCACUAAUCCAUGCAACCGGGGAUUUUCCACGUAAUAACCAGACCAUGGCGUUAACAAAUAAGGAUAUCAACGUGCUUCCGAAUAUGCAUGCGAGUCAAGCCACUCACAACCUAGUUCUGAAUGCAACAAUCAGGUACAUAGUAGGGGUGAAAAUCGGUCGGUUAUGAUCGGUUUUUACAAUUUUAUAACCGACCAGUCGGUUACGGUUUUUAUUUUACAAAAACCGUAACUGACCGUUUAAAAAUUAUAACCGUAUAAAACCGACCGUACGGUUUUUGGCGGUUUUAGGCGGUUUUGGCAGUUUUGACAGUUUUUUGGUUAAACUAU